GUCCGGCCGACGUCGCCGACGACGGACGGCACCGGAGUUACUUACCUAUUGUUAAUCACGAAAGCUAGAUGCCGCUCGGCCCCGGGACGUUCGUUUGAGGGAUCGCGUCGAGGACGACGUACACGUUGAACAGGAAGUAGAGGACCAGCAGGAAGUAGCCGUGGCGCGCCGUGUAUUGGUCGGCGCCAGUGGCUAAUUGACCGGGGUUUUGCCUCGAGCUUGCACACCAGAGGCAGGAAUUAAAUGCUGUUUUGAGAGACAAUUAUCACGCAAGCCGGCACGGAUAGCAAACGCUGAA